AUGAGGAUCAUCUACACGUGUUGUUUAGCAAUCGUUGCUAUUGCUGAGGCUGCUCCGGGGAGGUUCGUGUUCCCGGAUCAGGUCAGACAUGAAAAGAAAUUAGAUCCAAUAACACCACCGGUUCUGCCGGUUUUGGAGCAUUUGGAAAGAGAUCCUAGCACGCUUCUGCCUGGAGAAGGUGGAAGGAGAGGCCCGGCUCAAGUGAAGCCCAGGUUUGGGCAUGGUGCUUUUAACGUGCGACCCACGGGGAACGGAGGGUUGAGUGCUAGUAUAAGCAGCAGUGCGAGUGGAGCUGGUAUCAGUCAGUCUGCAUCUCAAUCUUUCUCAUUCGGCUUCAACGAAGGAUUCAGUGCAUCACAUUCUGCGAGUCAAGCGGCUUCCUUCAAUGGAUUUGGAAGUUCCUUCAGUGGUAGCCAAGCCAGUAGCCAGGCAGCGUCUUUCAGCGGCGCAGGCGCAUCUCUGUCAGGAGCUGCGUCCUCAGCGUCAGCCUUGGGAGGCUUCAACAGUUUUGGUGUAACUCCAGGUCACAACAGUCUCAGUGGAAGUCAGAGUGCCUCGCAAGCAUUUGGAUUCAAUUCUCUGAACGCUUUCCAACCUGAUGCAUAUUCAGGCAAUGGUCUUCUAGACGCUCGGCAUCGUGGUGCACCUGGCUUUCCAUUUCCUGAUCUCGUCGGCAGGAGCAAAAGCCUGAACGCAGUCGCCUUCAAACGACCGCUUUCUAGAAACGAUGACUUCCUAGCUUUAUUAGUAUCUAAUUAA